AUCGAUUGAUUUGAGGUGGCAUUGUUUAUGGUCAAAAUUAUGUAGACAAAUAACAAAAAAUUUAUUUAAAAUUUAAGGCGAUAAUGUAUUAGAGCCAAAAUGCAAAGUGCCAUUUGGCGAGCGGGCGUGCGGCAACUAGCGCCCAAUGUGCGCGCCACAUCAACAACAGUAACAACAGCAGCAGCAGCAUCAGUAAGUAGACUCCAACUAAAAGUACACAAACAGAGCCAAACAGAUGUUCUGUGCCGAUUACGUAAGAGCUGUGUCAGUAUAGCACAAUUGGCGCAAAAGUCAACACGUGCGGCCGACAACAACAAACAGCUGUGCAGGCACACACACACGCACACGCACCCAAGCAUACACGCGAGCGGACGAGCUGUCAGUGUUGCGCAGUAUUCGAGAUACUCGGCCAGUACAAUCAUGAACUCAUACUGCAAGGAGCUGGAUCUGAUGGACUAUGAUAUCAUUGGGUUUGAUCUGGAUGGCACGCUUUUGCGCUAUAAUCUGCAGGAGAUGACACCGCUCAUCUAUAAUGUGCUUAAAGUGUAUUUGGUGGAGCAGAAAGGCUACUCGCCGGCGCUGUUGACCAAAAAGCUGGACAUGGAUUUUCUGCAGAAGGGUCUCAUGCUGGAUGGACCGCGCGGCAAUGUGCUGAAGCUGAGCAAUGAGGCUGUCAUUCUGCGUGCCUCGCAUGGCACACGUCUGCUGAGCGAUGAUGAGAUUGUGGCUGCUUACGGCGCCGCUCGACGCUGGGACGUAGCCACAGCCUUCUACAAUGAUCCACUUUCAACUUGGAAUGGCCCAGCCGCUACGCAGAUGCGCACGCUGCUCGAUUACUUUGACAUGCCCAGCGCGCUGGUAUUUGCCCAAGCCGUGGAUAUCGUGGACAAGGACAGCGGUCCAAAUGGCAGGCCCAAGGAGUACAACGUCUGGCGGGAUCUGCUCGAUGGCCUAAUGCACAACUACAGCCGCGACAACUUCAAAAACGAUCAGAGUCUCUACUUCAAGGCCAUGCGCGCUGAGCCGCAGCGCUAUGUGCUGCCCAGCAGCUCGAAGCUGCGCACCUGGCUCCAGCAAUUGCGUGCCACGGGUAAAAAAGUGUUUCUGCUAACCGGCUCGAACAUAGACUUUGCCGAUCUGACGGCCACACAGGCCCUGGGUCCGGAUUGGCAGCAGCAGUUCGACUACAUAGUGACCUAUGCCAAGAAACCGGGCUUCUUUACAAUGCAACGCCCCUUCAUGCGUGUGGAUGAUGUGGCCAAGUGUGAGCUGCCCGCCACGGAGUUGAGUCUGCAGGCAGAGCUCAAACCGGGCGAUGUCUACUCGCAGGGCAACUGGCAUCAGCUGCAUCAGUCGAUGGCCAAGCAGUUGAACAAAGACAUAAGCGCAGCGCGUGCGCUUUAUUUUGGUGAUAACAUCAUACAGGAUAUCUAUACGCCCGUGAAGCAUCGCGACUUUGACACAGUGGCCAUUGCCGAGGAGCUGUUUCUGAUGGAGCAAAAGGACUAUCCCUACCGGGCGGUGCUGGCCUCUAAGUUCUGGGAUUCGUAUUUCAUCAGCGGCAACACGCCCACGCUAUGGUCCGGCUUCAUAGCUAAUUACGCACAAAUCUGUGUGUCCUCCAUGGAGCAGAUGGCACAAACGUCGCCCACCGAACGUCUCGUAUGCAACAAUGUCAACGGCUUCUAUCCGGCGCUGCCCAAACAGCUCGAGUGCAGCAACCUCACGACCUGUUGGCACGGCGGCGGCGUCUGAUAAGAUCCCCUCGGUACUUGAUAGAAAAGUACUCGAAGCACAAUCUCAAAAUUGAGCCAUAGGCGGCUGCAUCCGAAAUUGAACUGCAAGCAAAUUGUAGAGAUAAAAAUUAUAGUCGAAAUAAAUUAAAGCAAUAAACAAUGUCGCAGAGAUUUACAUUCAGCUAGACAAGAAACAAUAUUCCAUACAAUAUUAACUCAGGCUAGCCUUUACUUUGUCAAUUUCUCGAGUAUUUUGUAGAGUA